AUGGUAAAGUACUUAGAGCCGCCUCCCUGGGCAGUGCUAGUUUCAAGGCUCUUGACGCUGUACUUAGACCUUCCAGGCAGCCCCGGUUUGCAGACCCGGCAGCGACGUGCACGAUGUGUGGUACGGCUCCAGUCCCUCCUCUGUGAACCUGUAUUACUACAGCCUUACCUGCUGGGGUCUGCGGUGACACGGCAUCUCAGACGCCCGCUGCCAUGGGUGGCUUCACAGCACCGAGACUUCCACACCACGCGGGGAGUUUUUAAAGACGCUGCAGAGAACAGCAAAAUAACAAUCCACUUCAUUAACCAAGAUGGAGAGAGGACUACGACUACAGCGACGGAGGGGGAAAGCUUAUUGGAUGUCGUGGUUAACAAGAAUUUAGAUUUCAGCGGCUUUGGUGCUUGUGAGGGAACACUCGCCUGCUCAACAUGCCACCUGAUUUUCGACGAGAACGUUUUUAACAAGCUGGAGCCCCUGGUGGAUGAGGAGCUGGACAUGCUGGACUUGGCCUAUGGCCUGACUGACACGUCUCGUCUGGGCUGUCAGGUGUUUGUUCAGAAAGGGAUGGAUGGGAUGACGGUUCAGGUGCCGCAAAAGGUGAAUGACAUCAGGAAGGCAGCAGAAUUGUCUUGGAAACAAUGAGAGACAGGAAGGCAGAAGAAUCGUCUUGGAAAUAAUGAGAGACAGGAAGGCAGCAGAAUCGUCUUGGAAACAAUGAGAGCUCACACUUCAUACUGCUGCUGCGGCUGCUGCUGAUGCUGACGUUUUUUCUGUGUCCUGAGUUUUACACUUUGUAUCUGCCCAUUAAGAGGCUUCCCCAGAAAUCCACAGCAUUCUCAUCUCUUUAGUAAGCACUUACCUGCCUCCCCCACCUGUACCUGGUAACCAGUAGCCCUCAUUAACCCAAGCCAGUGCCCCUGAUAUUCCUUCUUAGUGUGCUGAGUGCAUGUAAAAAAAAAAAAACAUUGACUUUUUCUUAUUUAUCCAGGUCAGAAUCUAAUAAAGGUUUCCUCGAGACAUUUCUGUGGUGACAAAUGCCCACGUUCAGACUAACUCGCCAUGCAUGUGUUGUAAAGACCAUUAAUGUGCAUACAUUGCUUAGUGGUUUUCAAAGAUAUUGCAAGCAUUGUUUGUGCUGAUGAAAUGUAAUCAUUAAAAUCUAUUUACAGUUA